CUAAUUAGCACUAUGACAACAAUAACGCGCACAUUUAAAAACAGUUUUCGAUGAAGGAAAGCAUAUAUAAUUUAAUACCUUUAGAACAGCCACCUAAAGCUUCCUUACCAAGAUAUAAAUCAUGUAGCCAGAGAGAAGUAAUAUCCUUAUUUAACAUUAAAAAGUUUCCUUGUAAAACUAUGGGAGUCCCAAAAGUUAAUCCACCAAAUCCGCAAUGCUAUCUUAAGAUGAGGCACUCAGCGCCUGAAUUAUUUCGUAAAAACGACGAGCCGUUGAAGGGCAGCUAUCGUAAAUGUAACCUCUCAGCUAAAAGAGAACCCCUACCGUCUCUUAAAUCUAAAGCAAUAAACGUCGUUUCAUGCAAAGAUUUUAUCAAAAAGAAUAUAAGAAUGAUAGAAGCGUCAGUGCCUUCAAAACCUAAACCGUUUGUGGUAGAUACGAGGACAGGCCAUAAGUUUGAUUUCAAGUGUUCUGGUCUUGAGCCUUUUUAUAUUAAGCGUAAGGAUUUUGGUGAAUUGCCGAAAUAUCUAUCUGAGCGUGAGAAAGCCGCUUCUGAAGCUCAAAAGAACUAUGAAGAAUACAUUAAACAACUUAAGGAGAAAAAUGCUCUGAUGGUUAUCACAAAAGAUGAGAAAAAGUCUUUAAUUGAUCAACUAAAAGACAAGUGGCAGCAAAGAUAUAGACAGUAUCAAUCUUUAUCCGUUAUGAUUGACACUCCCCCAAAAAUGCACCACAAAUUAUGGCUUGAAAAAGAAAUGGAAGAAAUAGAAAAAGACAUAAACCUCCUGGAAGGAUACGAUUAUAUUUAUGUUGCCAAAUAAAUGUCAUAUUAAACAUUUAUAAUAAAAAGUGCCUACAUACGAUUGUUGCACAAAUACUCACACUGGCUAGUGUACUGAUUUCUCAUAUUUCCUAUUCUGAAGAAAACACACUAUUUUUUCUUCAUUUGAACUCUGUAACAACUUAUCCCCAAAUUUAUUUCAGAAAUACUAUGGUAUCCAGAAAGGUGCAUUUACAGUUUUCACAUGCACCUACAAAUUUCUCUUUCACUUUGUUUUGCAAUAUUUUUCCUCACUCUUUGUAGGUAUGUGAUUUAGAUUACGAUAUUGCUCACAAUCAAAAAUUUACAGUUUUGUGAUUGGAA